ACUGGUGGUCUUUACAAUCAUCAUAUCAGACACUAAUGCCUUAUGCGCACCUGCUAUUUCUGCCGAGCAUAACCUGACUCCGAGGCUGGAAUAAGGACGAUUCACCCUUCUCUCCCCUCGGUCAGCCAGGGAGUCGCCAAAAUGCUGCCCUGUCAAUCCCGAUCCCAGCCACCUGCACCGGCCUUCAAGCGGACAACUCAGGCUUGCAGACAUUGCCAGAGUAGAAAGAUCCGAUGUGAUAGGAGGAUUCAUGGUUCCACUUGUACCAACUGUCGUCUUGAUGCGAUUGAAUGCGUGCCCGGCAAGAGUAAGCCCGCGCGGUCAGAAAAGCGACGUAGUACGAAAUCCAGCUCUCCGAAUCGCCUAACCGCCCAUCGCGAGAGCGGUCAUGAUACAAUGCUCCGCGAGACUUCUAUAUCUGCAUCAACAGCGUCACCCACAAUCAGAUUACCGAACUUCAUCAGCCCUCUGGUCGGUGGCCUAAGUCCCGAAGAUACGGCUUACUUGGAGCAUAAGGGCGUCUUCGACAUACCAAAUACCAACUGUCGGAACGAACUCUUGCGCAGUUACUUCUUAUUCAGCUACCCUUUGCUCCCUCUACUCGAUGUCGAAAGCUUCUUGGCCCCGAUGCUCAAAGAUGAUACAGGGGGCAAAGUCAGCUUAUUACUCUUCUAUGCGGUCAUGUGCUCUGGAGCUGCCCAUGUCGACAUGCAAGUCUUGAGGGAACUAGGCUUCAAGUCAAGAAAGCUCGCAAGAAGCGCAUUCUUCGAAAGAGCGCGGUUACUCUAUGACUUGGACUGUGAAAGGGAUCGAGUUUCGCUUGUACAAGCCUUUCUGUUGAUGACGUACUGGUACGAUGCACGAGAAACACAUAAAGAUCGAAAGUUUUGGAUUCGGGUUGCUGUAACCCUUGCCCAGGAUCUAGGCCUGGAUCUGCAUCUCGAUUCUUGUGGCACAAAGCAGCAUCGAAUGCUCAAGAGAUUGUGGUGGUGUUGUUUCAUGCGCGAUCAGUUUGUUGCGCUCAUGACUUGGACUCCGCCGCAACUCGGGGCGCGACAUCGCCAUCUACCUUUGCUUGAACUGGACGAUUUCGAGAUGCAGGAUUUCUCCCCUGCUGUGUCCCGUAUGCUCGAAGAGUGGCAUUUCGUCGAUAACCAGAGGAGCAGGAUUCGUCUAGCAACACUCUGCAUCGAAAAGGCGAAACUCUGUGUAUCCAUAAACGAGAUCCUGCAAGCACGAUAUUCGAGUCUCCGGUACGAGUCAGAAAGUCGAAUGAUGACGAUCCUUGUCCCAAGGCAGUCCAGCGCCAAUGCAUUUGAGAUUUUGGAGCUCGACCGUCAACUUCAAGAAUGGUAUCGUGGCCUGUCCAACAGCGGAAAAUUUGACCUUCGCGACCCUACAGAUUCUGCAUUCAUGAAGACUUCCAAUGUCAUUGCCAUGCAUCGAGCACACCUGAAACUGCUCUUCCUCUCAGCAAUGAUUGCGCUUCACAGACCCCAGGUCUCGGAAACGGCCGGCAUGCUGCCCCCGACAUAUCAACAGUUGUCGCAGAUGAAACUACGUGACGCUGCAGACGAGGUGGCACAUGUUGCAAUAUCCAUCAAGAACCUCGAGAUGGGAACACAUAUGACUCCCAGGGGAGUCACUCUGCUGCUUCCUAUUAUGCUUGUCCAUCUUCAAGACGUCAUGCCAGAGAUGCAAAGACCACAGAGAAGCAGGUUAGAGAAGUAUUACGACUGCAUGCGCAUUUUGGACUCGAUCGGAGGCGACGGCGCCCCUGAGGACAUCUUACCUUCAAAACUCGAGGCUGCAUUUCUAAAGUUCAACAUUCUGCCCUCGACCGAGCGCUCGAUUCCUCCUUCUAUCAGCUUCAACCCGAAUUUUGACGACUUGCCAUUUUCACGAAACAGAUUCUUUUCAUGCUUAUCACAACUCGGUGCAAUUACUCCAUCAGAGAUCGACCUCCUGUCCGAUAUGAGCCUCUCUCGCGGGCGCAUGUCAGAUCCCGGAGAAUGUGAUCGCUUCCGCCAUCAAGAGCCUGCUAGUUAUGGCUCGCUGCCAGGCCAGAUAAUGGUCGGUCAGCCGCAAAUGGACCUACAUUUGCACACGUCCUCGCUUUGCGGAGCACCAAUACACUAUCCCUCUGAGGAAGUGCUAUCUAUCCAGAGAACGGUGGAUCCUAGACAAAUCUAUCCGACCUCAACUUCAGCUAAUUUUGACAUAUCAAUGGAAUCGGCCAAACCACGCAGCUUCCUUGUCGAGCCAGGAGAGGACGACACCAUCAUGGAGCACUUCUUCAAAUGGAGGGUUGAAAGGACAAAGAUCCCCCUGCAGAGACAGCUCGUUGAGAGCGCGUACGAAACCGUCUUGACCCAGAUGUGGAGUUCGGAUGAUCUAAGGGCCAUGGAAAAUAUCAAGUCCGACCUUUACAGAUUAGCGAUACAACAAGGCAUACCAGACGGCCUAGCUCGCGGCUUUCGCAAGGAACUUGACGUGUUUCUGUCUCAGUGGCAGGCUCAUGGGGACGAAACAUCGGGGCCGAAAGAACUGUGAUCGAUGAAGGUUCUGGGCUCACGACUUCUGAUGCCAAGCUGUGGCCUCAGGGGAAUUUCGCCGUGCGUCUGUAGCGUCUAGUGAAUCCUUGCCGCUGAUGAACGCUGAGUUGAGACCACUGAUAUCGAGUCUCAGGCUUCAAAGCUUGUGUCUCUUCCGCCCCUCCGCAAUCCUCUUGAAUUCCAUCUGAGGCGCGCCAUCGACGAAUCUUUGCAUGCCAUCGGCGACUUCUCGAAGAAUCUGAGCCUCAGUUUUGUCCACGAUAGGCCGGCGGAUCAAGGCCUUGAUCCUCAGUAUGCUUUCCUGGUUCAAGUGCGCAGCAAACUUUUCAUUUACUUCGUCGAGCAGUUGCUCCAGAAAGCCAUCCGAGUCAGACUCGUCCUUCGCGCGGAAUACCUUGUUGACGAAUCCGCACUGGAGGAGCUUCGCGCAGGGUAUCUUGCGUGAUGUGAGGAGUGCUUCGUUGGCCAGAGGCAAACCAAGCCGUUGGACGAGGCCAACACUAGCGCCGCCUUCGGCAACCAGGCCCAGACUCGUGAACGGAGCGAGAAGGUAAGUGUGAGGCGCUGCGUACACGAAGUCGGCAAAGCCUACAAGGCCCGCGUGGAGCCCGACGACCGGCCCAUUGAGCCCGACAACUAAGAUCUUGGGAUGCGUGCUGAAGGAAUAGGUGGCGUCGAAUGUGUUGGCCACGA